UAUAACAUUUUACUUUUUCUUUUCUUUUUCACAUGGCUACGUUUUGUCGUCCCCGCUCCCAUCACCCAUAAGAAACCUGAAAUGGGUUUGCAGAUUAAAGGCACGACAGCAACUCUGAGAAGAGGAGGGCAGCCCCAGCUGGAAGGAGAACAAAACUCAGCGCAGGGAUGGAGAGCCAAUUCAAGAGCUGCACGAGGCCCUCGUCCAAAUGAGGUGCCUGAAUUGAACUUUGGGAAACUAGGGGAUUCGGAGGAUGAGGAUUCUUAUAUUCCUGCCAGCAAAGGGUCCCCUUGCUUAGAGCCUCCAGACUCCAGCUCCACGAUAAGCUGGGGAACACCUUUCCCAACUCCAUAUGCACUGCAUCACCACAGCCAGCAGCCGUUUCCGUGGGAAGAGAAGACCGUCCCUGAGAAUUUGCCAGCACCUUCAGAGAGAUACAAGCAGAAAUAUAAGCAGUAUGAGUGAGUUAAAGGAGAGUUACAGGCAGCAUUCUCAGAAUGUGAAGGAGAAGAGCAAAACAGACACACCACUAGGGCACUCACCAAGGAAUGAAGCACACACACAGGCUAUUGAAGAUGAUCUUACAGCUCUCGAUGAGAAAGCUCUUCAGCAGCAGUGUUACACGAGCAAACCGUACAGCGCACAGCACAGUAUGAGUAAGCUAGCAGCAGAAGACCUUGCAAUAGAGAGGAGAAAGCAAGCCGUGUUGGAGCAGGUGAUGGUGGACCAGCUGUCCAG